AUGCUGAUUCUUCUCCUGUGGCUUCAGAGCUACGGGGGAGAGGACCUUGAGGAAGCAGGGACAGGGCGGCCUUUGCCUUCGCAUCUUGAUGCUUUCGUGCCUUCAGAGAUAGAUAGUGAGCAGAGAGAAGCUUGCGUGCGCGAUCGAGAGUCUGCAAGGGAAGUGGUCAAUUGUGCUGACAGCAGCCUGCUAAAGGAUGCUUUGGGGGACUCCGUGCUUGCUCUGGGUAGGAGUGUCGUGGACAUUCCUUUGCCUUGGGAGCAGGAGAGCAUGAGCUUGGUCUUUGGAGAAGAUGAUUCAGUGACAAAGCUUUUGGCAGGUCUCCCGAAGCACAUACCCGUGCCUGCUGUGUCCAGCUCCAACAUUCAGCCUUCAGACCUUGUUGCCGAGCCACCGGCAAAACGCGCACGACAGAUGCCUGAGAGUGGGGAGUGUUUCAGGGUUGCUAUUUCUUCAAGGGCCUACGACAGUUAUGAGGAAAAGGAAGAGGCUCAAUGGCGACGUGCUCUUGAGAAGUGGCUGGUUAUACUUACUGAGUGCCCUGGUUCGUCAUAUAUCGGAGAAACAGUUGCCAUCCAAAAGACUGAUGACGCAAUUGAAACUUUGCGUGAACUCUUUGGGCGAAAGAGUGGCAGUACAGACAUGAAAAGGGGAUCGGCCCUCAUGGGAUACCUCUCAUGGGGGCGAAAGGAAUGCAGGGGCGGUGACCUGCUCCCUUUCAAGUCCUCGCAUCUGGAUGGAUACUUGAAGCACCUGAAGAGCGAGAAGAGGCCUGCCGGGGCCUUCACCAGUUUCCAGGAGUGCGUGAAUUUCGCCAUACAUGUUGUCGGCAUUGCUGUCGACGAGUCAGUCAUAGGACCGAAGCAAAGCACUGUGUGGAGCCAUUGGAGUAAAGGCGUCAUAGGUCAGGCACAGCUGACCAAGGCAGAGCGGAAGCAGGCCACAGUUCUGCUUGUGGCAUACGUUGCAGCCCUGGAACGUUUGCUUGAAGAUGAAUCUGUUAACAGCUUUGAUCGUUACGCCUGCGGUGCCAUCUUGUUUGGGAUCUUCUCUCGGAGCCGAGUGUCGGAUUUGAGAAAAACAUUCAGUUGGUUUCUUGACUUCAGUGAACUUGCAAGUGGAGGCGAAGGGUUCAUCGAGUGCAAGACGCGAGACCAUAAGACUGCCAAUGCUGUGGCGCAUACAGGUUUCAGCAUGCCUUUGGUUGCACCUGCGCGAGGAGUUACAUCUUCAGCAUGGGCUGUGACGUGGGCCAAGGUUGCAGAGGAUGUCGGUUCCAAGGUCCUUCGCAUCCUCACGGUGCCGGGGGAAAGUUCAGAGGAUGCUUCAGACGACUUGAGUGCAGGCCAGGCUGACGGGCAAGACGACUCGCCGCCAGCCAGUCUUCUUCACCGUACAUGUUCGAACCUGCAUUCUCCGCCUGAGGAUGCUCACCCUGCUGAAAAGCUUGCCUGCAUCAUGUUACAGUGGAACACUCGCUUCAGCCAAGAGGAGAUGCAAACUCUCUUGGACAUGUUGCCGCAAAAACAUCAGACCAGAGCCAGGGGGAGCUGUGAUGACCAGUCCAAUCAGUUUCUGUGCGGAGCCUAUGCUCAUGGGCCCAUGACGGGCUGCAAAAACUUGACGCAGGAUAUGCCUUGGUGCACUGCCGUGCUUUGCAAGCAUGUUCGCGAUAAUGCUCCGGGUUUUUGCUUCUCUGCCGUGGGCUACCUGUGCAAUGUGCGAGCAGAAGCCCAUCGAGAUUUGCACAAUGAGCCAGGAACAAAAAACCUGGUCAUGGCAACGCACGCUUGUGCUGGCGGUGGACUGUGGCUCGAGGAGGCACGUGGACCUAUUGCAAUGGUCGUCGAGAAAACCCAACGUGCUGGGAGGUUUCACGACUUGGCAGUUGGGGUCGCAAAAGUACAAAAAGGAAGUAUCACUUUCGGUGUGUACCAUGAACCGGAGGAGUUCGUGGCGAGGGCGUUGAGCGUGCAACAUCCGUGUCACUUGGAAAGCCUUUUGCCAUCGGAGCUUGUCGAGGCCAUACGGGCAAAUCAUUCCAAAGAUGUCGCUACGCUUGGGCGCGAGCGAACUGAGAUGCUCAAGAAAUGGCUUGCUCGCGCUGAGGAGCUGGAAACUGCCGAAAGUCAGUUCAAGGGAUCCUUCAGCUCCCAUCGACGUCAAGUGUUGUGCAACAAGCGGCUGCUCUUGAUGAAGGAAAUGCUUGACAGUGUGGGACACGAGGACGAGGACUUGAUUUCUGAUCUGUCAAACGGUUUUGACUUAACCGGACCCUUGCCCCGAUCUAAUGCCUUCAAGAAUAAGUACCGCCCGGCAGCCGUGGCCGAGGAAACGCUUAGGAAAAGUGCGGGUUUAGUUAGGGGUCAGGUUUUGGCUUCGGUUAAAAGUUCUGGGGACGAGAUCGUGGAUCAAGGCGUGCUGGCAGCCACGGAGAAGGAGUUGGCCAAAGGCUUCAUUGAGGGGCCGGUGAGUGCUAGCGACAUCCCUAGUGAUGGGACGGUCACGCAUCGCUUUGGAGUGAUUCAAGGAGAGACCGAGGAAGGUCCCAAAGUUAGACCAAUCGAUAAUUACUUGAGUUCGCUUGUAAAUUCGGUUGUAUCCCAAAGUGAACAAGUGCCCGUUCACACGUUGGACGUAGUUGCUGGCAUGUUGGCGAUGUGGUUGCACUUGUCUCCUUUGAAGUCCUUGCGUGCGGGACUGGUGUGCAAAUGUUGGGACCUCAGUGCCGCGUACAAGCAACUGCCGCUCAGUGACAAAAGUUUCGAAAAGGAUAGCUUUUUCGUAAUCUUCUGCCCCCGCACACGCAAGCACGUCAUCUACAAGCAGCGGGUCAUGCCCUUCGGGGCAAAAGCCUCAGUGACUGCCUUUAUCCGUUGUGCAUUCGGGAUUUGGCGGUUGGGGGUAAAAAUGUUUGCCUUGGUCUGGAGUUUUUAUUUUGACGAUUUCCUAUCGGCCUGCAAGCCUGAGGAGCGCCGACAUGUGGAAGUCGUUAUCAGCACUUUGUUUCGGCUACUAGGUUGGGAUCUUUCACUAGAUAAACUUUUGCCUUACGACGUGUGCUGUAAAGUUCUUGGAAUCAAGAUUGACAUGGCUGAAGCUCGCCUGGGGCUCUUCAAGCUGGCGAACACCGAAAAGCGUGUGCUGGAGUUGACUGCUGCCUUGGACGAGGUAUUGUUGGCUGGCAGGUUGUCGCAUUCUGACUGCGAGAGACUUCGAGGUAGGCUGCAGUUUGCUUCUGGCCAGUUGUUCGGUCGAAGAGCGAAGGUUGCUCUGCAUCAGCUUAGCCGGCAUCAUGGAGGUCGGUUGAGCGAGGUCACUUCCGAGGCGUGUCGCUUCUUGAGGCGUUUGGUUUCGUCAAACCAAAGCCGCUCGAUUAGUCGGCAACUGGGCAAUGUCGUGCAUGUGUAUGUGGAUGCAUCCUUCAGCGAUGAGGGCAAGCUUUGUGGCAUCGGGGGCAUGGCAUAUGACCAUAAAGGCUCCUUGCUCCAAUGGUUCGGUGAAAACCUUGAUGCUUCGCUUGUUUCUCAAGUCAUGACGUCCUUUGAGCGUGUCAAAGGCAAGAAUGUGGUUGUGUUCACUGACAACGAAGGUGUUCACGGCGCCUUCGUGAAGUGCUGGACAGUGAGUCAGUUUGCAUCGCAUGUCAUCGAUGCGGUAUGUGAGAUUGAGGAAAACCUUGGCUUUAUGAUUUGGGCCGUGUUGCGAGUUCUGGCACGCCUCGGCGGUGCGGCUUCGGCUGAUGCUUGGUCGCGUCUUCGGCACGUUCCCGGACGUUCCCUUUCAUUCCUGCAUCAGCGCUCCCCCGACUUUCACAGUCGCUGUGUUGUCUCCGGCUCUGCCUCGGCUCUGUCCUUCGGUUCCCCGACCUUAGCAGAAUACCCCCCUGUGUUCUGUGACCGCUUCCUGGCAGCCGCGUCUUCUGCUUCUGGGCGGCCUCUUGCUCUCUUGAACGCCUUGGGAUGGGCAUUCGACUCCGAAGGGGACAAGCGGCUUGAGCUUCAAGAGACUUUCGUGGCUCUGGGAAUCCAGGUCAACCUCGCUGACUUGCAUCGGGGAUCCUUUGUUCUUGCAAACAAGCCGGGUCUUCGUUUCCUGUCAAAGGCCGUUUCCGCACUUGCUGCAAAGGAUUCUACGAGCGACCAGGUUCAGAAGUUGUGCAGUUUGGCACAGAGGCUCCUCGGGGAAACCCCGCCAAGUCGUUUUGAUCUCAGUGUGCACCGCCCGCCGUGGCUCAUCUUCACGGAUGGAGCUUAUGAGCAGGGGAAGGCAACUGCUCGUGUGGUGUGGUACGACCCCGACGGGGAACGGGCCCAUACUGCUGGGAUCGACGUGCCACUAUCCUUGAUUGAGUUGUGGCAGCGCAUGGCCGGAGCACAGAUCAUUUCUCAGGUCGAGGCCUGGGCUUUCUUGGUCGCCAGAAGGUCUCUUCCGCCGAGCCUUCUGCAACGCCAAACCAUAGCUUGGAUCGACAACGAGGCUGCCCGUAUGAGCUUGAUCAAGGGCUCAUCGUAUUCCGCUUCCAUGAGGGACAUUUCAAGGUUGUACCAUCAGCUGACUUGA